AUGGAAGAGUUGAACUUUGACGUUAAUGCUCUUGCGAAUGAACUAGGUGGGUAUUUAGAAAGGCUAACUAAUGAGCAGAAAUUUGCAUACGAUCAAAUAAUUGGUGCUGUUAGCGCAUUAAACAGGGAAGUCCUCGCAAGGUUAAUAUCGAAGGCCAAAUUAAUCAUAUGGGAUGAAGCUCCAAUGAUAAGCAAGUAUUGUUACGAAGCUUUAGACAAAUGCCUCGGAGACAUCUUAAGGUGCUCAAAUUCGUAUAAUGCUCAUUUGCCAUUUGUAGGUAAAGUUGUUGUUUUCGGAAGAGAUUUUAGACAAAUUUUUCUCGUGAUUCCUAGAGGCUCAAUGCAAGAUAUAAUUCAGUCUUCUAUUAAUUCUUCAUAUUCGUGGCAUAACUGUAAGGUUUUAAAGCUUACAAAAAAUAUGAGAUUGUCACUAGGUGAAAACAACAACAUACAAGAACUCAGAAAUUUUGCAGAAUGGCUACUCAAAAUUUGUGAUGGUUUGGCUGGUGAUACAACAGAUGGUGAAUCGAUCGUUUAUAUACCAUCUGACAUUUUGGUUAAGAACUCUGACACAGCUUUGGAUGACUUCAUUGAUUUCGUGUGUCCAGAUAUAUUAUCCAAUUUAUCCGCUGAAAAUUAUUUCAAGGAUAGAGAAAUUCUUGCACCAACUUUGGAUUGUGUCACUGAUGUCAACAACAAGAUGACUGCAGGGUUACCUGGAUAA